GUUUCCCCAACCUGCUGCGUCCUGCAACCGUCCACUGCCAUGUCGCAGCCGGCAAGACGGAGGAAGGUUGUCGAUAACGAUGGGUGGACACACAUCACCUCUACCAAGAAGUCCUCGAGUCGCCACCGCCCGCCGCAGCCCAAGGACCAGCUAGCGCCUGCAGAAAUUCCUGACGGACUCACAUUUGAAAAGCUGAAAGACAAGUACGAUUGGCACAAGCAGCAAUGGAUGGAAUCACACAGCUGGACCGUUCUAAAAGGAUUGCUGGAGCAAGAGAUUGCCCGUGUUUCGGGAAAGAUUCGUAAUUGUGUCUGUUUUGGGUUGGGAAGCCCGAGCGGCUUCUCCCGUGGAGGAUGGGUUGAUCGAAGGAGUAUAUCAAUGUUUCAACUUGCCGCACUCGAGUUGACAGUGGAGCUUUUAUCCCAAGCAAAAAUUAUUAACCCUGAUAACCUCUAUGCUCAAGAUCCUGUUUUUAAUGACAUGGAUAAGAAGCUGCUAAAGUAUGCUGGGUUCAACGUAGUUCAAGAUCCAGAUGCCUUUGCACUUGUUGCCAAAGAGACAUUUUUGUAUGCUCCUGGGGCUGAAAAAUCUCAUCUAAUCGAUCUUCUUUUGCGUGACCCGGGCCUAUUUUUCGGAAGUACUUUCGAUGACAUUCACUCGGCAACCACUGAAGGUGACACAUGCGCGCAAUUUGUGGGGAGGAGGCGCUCACUUUUGCUUCCGGAGUUUGAACCAAACCCGAGUGCAUUCUGGAGGACAACCUUGUAUUGGAACGGCGAAGCACACCUACCGCCUUCCGCUGAUUGAAACUCUUCUGGAUGCCUAUUUCGAUUUAAGCAAUUACACGAGGACAUUCCAUGUCCGUUCCACAUUCCGCCGAGGAAGCCAGAAGGCCUUUCUGGCACGGUAUGGGAUAUUUGUGCCUCCGUUGCACUCAACUUGGAGAAGGAGUAGCGAUGCGAUAUGCUGGAAUUAGCACAGAGGCUAAAAAGGCUUUUGCGUUGCCUGCGACACUACCGCUGGUUAUCUGAUAGUUGGCAAAGGCCGUCCUUUGACUUGAUAUAGGCGCACUCGCACUCAUUCAGUUUCCUUAUCAAAACACCGGCCUAACAAGCAAAUGGACCCAGAAUAUUUUGCAGUGAUUGGGUUCUGAAUCCCUGGAAUCUGCCUAUGUAAAUAUGUACAACGAAUGUUUGGCAAACUAUUCUGUUCGAGGUAUAUAUUUGCAAUAUUCACAUUUAUUUUUUGGCGGUGA